ACUGGGAGGGGGAGAGAGUAACGCAUCCCUUAAGGAAUGGGACGCCUUUAUGAACACAAAUCUUCGCUCUUGUUAUCAGAUCUGUCUCAGAGCUUAUCCUUUACUCGAGAAAUCCAAAGGAGUUAUUGUUAAUAAUUCGAGUAUUUGUUCGCUAAAACCCGCUGGAUUGGAUAUGUUAACUAGAAGCCUGGCUGUUUUGUGGGGUCCUAAAGGUAUUCGUGUGAAUGCCGUGAACCCGGGUCAGAUUCAGACCCCAAUCUGGGAGAACGCCACCGGAUUAUCAAAGGAAGAGCGCGAUGUGUUGUGGAAAGCCGUUUGUAAGAAGACACCGGUAGGUCGU